GAAUUUUAUGUAAUUUAUUAAAAGAUUUAAUAAAAUAUGACAACUGGGUUUAAAAAUAUGGCCGCAAGAGGAUGCUACAUAUAAAAAACAUAUUUAAAACACGUUAAAUUUACAACCAAAAAACAUAUAUAUUACUUUUUCAAGUAACCAAAAAUAUUUAUGCAUGCUUGAGCCGACAACAAUACUGUCAGUAAGUCUCAUAAAUAAUUGAAUAUUUUUAAAGUCAUCACCCUGUUUAGGAAUGUAAAUUGAUCGCUUAUUGUCGCCACGUGAUGUCGCCCUUCACAGUAGUUGCACCUAUGAUUCAUAAUAAUGUCAUGUUUGUAGUGCUAGCUUUCUCGCUCCCACUUUUUUCGGCCACUCGUAUGUCAGUGCUGCCUUUUCGGUUGCACUACGGUGUUUAGCUAUUGGCGUUGACAAUAGUGUGAAAAUUCAUCAGCGCAGACGACUUUGGAAUAGAAUAAGCAGUGAAUAAGUGUUGAGUUAAAUUUGCGGAUAAAUUUAUAUGCAAAGCAGGUGGAGAAAAGUUCUUUUAAUUUUUAAUUGCAAAAAUUAAUGCUAGAAUUAUUAAUGUGUAGCGAAAUUUUGUAAAUUAUGUGCUAAAUUGGAAUUUGGUGCUGGAGCACAACCGCAAGAGUUAGCUGAGUACGUGUCGGAACAGAUGGUGAUACGCGCAUUACGCUGAUUUCUCUGUUAUAAGAGGCUGGAAAGUUUUUAAUAAAAUAAUAAAUCGAUCCUCAACAGUUCGCGUUCCAAUAUCUUUUCGUUUGUGGGCGUAAGCAAGUGCGCUUUUUUCGUUUGGAGACCAACUUUAAUGUUGAAGUUUUAGAAAUUUUUAGUAUAUUUUCACAUUGUGAGUAUUAAAAACAGUACAAAAAAGUUGCAACAGUUAAUCAUCAUGUUUACUCGAUCUUCAAACAUAUAUUUGACGGAUGAUUAAUACAACAGAUAUUUCAUUUAAUCAUUAUCUUUAGAUAUAUAUAUGUAUAUAUAUAUAUAUAUUUGUGUUUAUGUAGAAAUUUCAAACGUUUGUAUAAACAAUCAUAUCAGCUGUUUGCUUUUGUGUCAAUAUGCUAUGCGCUAUUCAAGGUGAAAAGUUGUGAAUUCCAUAUUAACGCGACGAAAUGACGACAUACUUCCAAUGCCAAAUUAUGUACUGAUUUACUUUGCUAAACCAAGCUUAUUGAAAGCUCAAGUAUUUGUAGCUUAGUAUAUAGAGGAGCUAAAACAAUUAUCCGUUACAAGCUUUUUUAAUUACUAUUAAAUAUAUUUAUUGUAAAUUCUGUAUUUAAAUUUUUUAAGUGUCAAAAGUCCAUACACUGCCGUUACCCUUGGUGCAUAGACGACGCUUGCCAUACGUCAAGAUAAGCGGCAAAUUAUUAAAGAUAAAAUAUCUGCUACGUAAGAGGCUAGCCAAUAAAAUGCCGAUAAGUCAAGCAGGAAGAUAGAUUAGAUUACAUUCCACUGCCGUAUGACUGUGACUUCCUAGCAAUUAUGAAAAGAAUUUUCAAUAAAAAUAAUGCUUUAAUGCUCUUCAAUGCUUAUACGAAUAUGUGCUCAUACACAUUUGCACUAAUAAUCAUAUGUGUACAUAUGUAUGCAACGCUAAUUGACAGCAAUUCAUUCUUCCUUUAGUUAAGUAGUGAAGCUACUAAGUAGCACGUUUUCGUUAUGCCUUACAUAAAUCCGCCGCCAACCAAUGGCUACCAUAAGCAUAUAAACAGUUUUGUUUUCGAUUUUUUUUUUAAUGUAAUUUGAGAAAUUUCUCCAUUUUAUUCACAGCUAAUUCAGAAUGUUGACCACUUGACUCGCCAACUGUGCAUAAAAAUAGUUUUUGACCUCAUACGUAGCGAAGUCUGUUUCCAAAUAUAUUGCUCGCGGUCUGUUUUGACAAAAGCAUUUAAAAUGAACAUUUAAAAAUAUGGUAGCUAUACUUAUACUCCAUAACAAGUGAUGUAUGUAUAGAUGUUGAAAGCGGCAGCACAGAAAACUGUCAUUCGCGCUAGUUUACUUUUGUGUUUGCUUCGAAGGCAAUAUAUAUACAUAUGUACAUAUAUACAGAGUAUACUCACCUUUGUAUAUGUUUUUACAUGCUUUUUGUAUUAAAAUCUUUUUACUUAUGCAAAAGUGGCGUUUCCUGGUUGGAAUGGCGAUAUCAACUAGUAUUACUCUAACGUUGCAAUUUUUGCCGAAAUUAUAACACAUUUUCUGCCACAUUACAUAUAUAAUGUGUAUGUACAUAUGCAUAUAUGAGUUUAUUAUUUUGCAGUUAUAUAUGCAUUAACUACAGUUAUCUUUCAUUCUCUAUAAAUUUACGAAUCGAACUCUGAGCAUAAGUUUUAAUGGUUUGCUGAAAUCGUUAGCAUUUGUUGUGUAUGGCGCUUGGGAUGACACAUAUCACUUUCAGUUGAGAUUUCAGCCACUUGCUCAUCCAACAGACAGGCAAUGAAGUGGAACUCUAACUGACGCUCUGUAGCAUACAGAGACCAGCACACCACACACACGUGUAAAACACAUACACAUACUCGGCAUAAUGGCAACUGGUGAGAGAGCGGAUGCCAUUGAAAUGGAAACGGUUAACCGACAAAACUCUACUGGGCCGGCGACAGUUGAUAAUGUUGCCAGCAUCUCGCCUGCAACUUCGAAGCCGUCCACACCACCGCCACCACUUGUCAACACUGUCACCACAACGCCGCUUGUCACGCCGGCGAAGAAAUUAUCUGCUGAUGAAACCUUAGCACAAUUACAGGUCGUACAUCAAAGCACGAAUGUCGUAAAUAGUAUAUUACCUGCUGCGCCGUCGACGUCACGCAACUUUUAUAGUGAGGCAGCUGCGGCGCACGGCGGCGAUGAGUCUACACGACUGAUGCAGGCUGAAAUGGAAAUAAGCGCGGCACAGCAGCAGCGCUUACGUAGUGCCAGUUCGACAUUAGACGCCAGUAUAUCGAGAAAUCCGUCAGCGGCGGGUAAGCAUGAGAAGAAAAUUGGACAUCGGCGCGUUGAUGAAGGUGGCGAGGUGACGUACAAACGUAUACAAUCUAAGCAAAUAAUGGGUUCCAUUCAGUUGGGCAUACAACACACGGUUGGCAGUUUGGCCAGCAAACCUAAACGGGACCUGCUCAUGAAAGACUUUUGGGAAAUGGAAACAAUAGCGUUUCCACCAGACGGUUCAUCGAUAACGCCAGCUCAUCAUUAUAGCGAAUUUCGUUUUAAAGUUUAUGCGCCAAUUGCUUUUCGAUACUUUCGCGAUUUGUUCGGCAUAGCACCCGACGAUUUUCUCAUGUCAAUGUGUGCUUCACCGCUGCGUCAACUAUCGAAUCCAGGUGCAUCCGGCUCGAUAUUCUAUUUGACCGACGACGAUGAGUUUAUCAUAAAGACAGUGCAGAAGAAGGAAUGUGAAUUUUUACAAAAACUACUGCCAGGCUACUACAUGAACCUGUCACAGAAUCCGCGCACUCUACUGCCAAAAUUCUUCGGGCUCUACUGCUUCCACUACAAUGCGAAGAAUGUGCGCCUGGUGGCGAUGAACAAUCUAUUGCCUUCUGAUAUCAAAAUGCACGCGAAAUAUGAUUUGAAAGGCUCCACAUUUCGUCGCAAGGCAUCGAAAACCGAACGCCAGAAAGCCAGUCCCACCUUCAAAGAUUUAGACUUCAUGGAUCAUCAUCCGAAUGGUAUUUUUCUCGAAACAGACAAAUAUAACGCACUCAUAAAAACAAUUCAGCGAGAUUGUAUGGUUCUAGAGAGUUUCCAGAUAAUGGACUACUCGCUGUUGGUGGGCAUACACAAUCUGGACUUGGCGCAAAAAGAAAAACGUGAGGAGCGCAUACGUAAUGCACGUGCCAAACUGCAACGCUCCGAAGAGGUGCGCGAAGCACCGGAGCCGCCAGACUUCGACCAAACGAUGAAUGCAGGCUCAACUACAGCGUUGCAAUCGGCUGGCACCGCACUGAAUCGCUCGCGCAGCAUGAACCGCCAGCGCUUGGUAGCGCAUUCUACGGCACUCGAAUCCAUCACCGCCGACAUGGAUAUACCCAUGGAGGAGGACGAAGAUGUGCCAGCGGGCGGUAUACCAGCACGUUCCGAGAACGAUGAACGUUUGAUUCUCUACAUUGGUAUAAUCGAUAUCUUGCAAUCGUAUCGUUUGGAGAAAAAGCUCGAGCACACUUUCAAAAGUAUCAUUUACAACGGCGACACGGUGUCGGUGUGCCGACCAUCUUUCUAUGCGCAACGUUUCCAAAAUUUCAUGGGUAAAACUGUGUUCAAGAAGACGCCCACCUUUCCGCUGAAACAUUCCCCGUCGAAGCGAAAGAGCUCGACAACGUUGCGCACACCACAACGCACGCCAUCACAGAAUUUAGCCUCGCAUACACGCCCACCGCUGUUGUCCGGUUCAUCGACGCCGCCACCAGCCUUCGAUGAUAUUUCCGAAGAAGAUAUUACCGCUACACCCUCCACGACGGGCGGCAUGUACCGCAACUCGACGCUAAGUGGCGGACGUCCAAACUUGGCGCCGCAACGCUCCUACCUAAGUUCCAAUCGCAGCGCCAUAAGCAGCGCCACCGACGAUUACAGCGACGAUGAGGUAGCCUCCAGCAGUGGCGCGCGUUCGCCCACACGCCGUGCACGAUCGCCGAGGCUCUCCAAAACCGACGUACAGGUAACCACCGUUGGCUGCAUUGAAGACACGCCGGUGCAUGUGCACGACGGCGACAACAAUGGCAUCGUCGUAAACACCAAGUCGGGUGUACUCAUGAACAGUACCGAGGAAAUCAACGCUAACGGUACACAACAAUUAACGCGAAAGACAACGCUCGUGAAGGCGGUCCAAUCGCAAACCUACACAACCACUUUGGUGCUGAACGAUGUCAGAUGAGUGCUGAACAGCGUCUGUAGCGCUUUGGGUGGCGGUGAUGCUGGGAUAGCAGGAGAACCAGCACAUGUAGUAAUGAAAAUGACAGUGUGAUUAGCAAAAAUAUGAUUUAAAUAAACGAAAAGUUGAACGCCGCGACAGCCGACAACACUAAUUGUAGCUAAACGGACAAACGCCUAACGUCUGGGGAGGUAGCGAGCGUGGCAUGCGCAAAUGCCAGCCAUCAUAUACCAAGUGCGCUUAAUACUACUAUAAAAAAUCGCUUAUUUAUUAGAAUUAAUGUUAGCUAAUAAAUGUACUCGAAGUCUGCGGCCAUUGUGCAGAGUUGCAAGCGCGAGUAGUUCCAUGCAAUAACGGUUGUUUUUAUUCGCCUGAUUAGUGCCUGAAUAUUUCAGUUAUCAAAAGUGUUGCUGCGUUGGUGCUUGCUGCCUUAUGAAUCGAAAAACGCAAUCUACUUUUAAGCUUUAUGUUUCCUUGAGUAUUACUUUCGAUAUCUGCUUUAUUUAAUUUAUGCUUAUUUGUGCCUAUCAUUGAUAUUAUUUAAACGUUUUCUUUUCGUUGACUAUCUUAAACUCAUUGACCAAUACGAGCGAUUAGAAUGAUAAAUAAAUAAUGAUAUGCUAACAUACAUGCACUUACUUAUGGCGCAGGCGCAGUGUAACUGCGUCUAUUAGAAAAAAAUGAUAUUUAUUUAUUUUAAGUGUUGCGGUGAUACAGAUUUUUGUUGUUAGAAAACGUUUUCAUAUGAAAAAUUACACGAGCUAUUUUCGCUAGUAAGGCGUUCGUUAAAGUUGGCUAACGGAUUAACCACUGGUAUUAGUAAUAAUCUAACUACAUUGCUAUUAUAAAUUUUAGCUCUAAUAUUAGUUAUUUAGAAUGUAUUUAUCCUACUGAUUGUAAAACAACAUUAAGAGUCUACUAUAAUCAUAGUAUUACACCGCGAACCGACACAAAACGCAAUCUUUAUAUUUUUAUGUACAUACAUAUGCUAUAAAUAAAUGAAUGUAAUUUUUCAAUAAAAAA